GGGUGGGUCAGCUCCGAUACGUCAGCUCAGGUUCCCUGCUCAGUCUGGCUCCAUAGAGCCCCUGGAGCCGAUGGCUGGUCUGAACGUGUCUCUCUCGUUCUUCUUGGCCACCAUUGCCCUGUGCCAGGCGGCCAGGAGGGUGUCCAAGGCCCUGCUCCCCAAAGGUGCCUACGUCAGCUUUGCCCUGGAGGCGGCGGGCGCGGCCCAGCUGGGGGCCUGCUGCCUGGAGAUGCGGAUGCUGGCAGAGCUGGGCCCCUGGGCGGGCGGCUUCGGGCCCGACCUGCUGCUGACCCUGCUCUUCCUGCUCUUCCUGGCACACGGGGCCACCUUCGACGGGGCCUCGGCCAACCCCACCGUGUCCCUGCAGGAGCUCCUCCUGGCCGAGGCCUCUCUGCCUGGCACUCUGCUCAAGCUGGCGGCCCAGGAGCUGGGCAUGCAGGCGGCCUGCGCCCUGACCCGGCUCUACUGGGCCUGGGAGCUCAGCGACCUGCAUGUCCUGCAGAACCUCAUGGCCGAACACUGCAGCUCGGCCCUGCGCACAACCGUCCCCCACGGCGCGCUGGUGGAGGGCGCCUGCGCCUUCGUCUUCCAUCUGACCCUCCUCCGCCUCAGGAAUAGCCUUCCCGUCUACAGAGUGACCGCCGUGGCCCUGCUGGUCACCGUCAUCGCCUACACAGCUGGACCCCUCACAUCUGCCUUCUUCAACCCUGCCCUGGCCGCCUCAGUUACCUUCCACUGCUCAGGGCACACCUUGCUGGAGUACGCCCAGGUGUACUGGCUGGGCCCUCUGACAGGGAUGGUGCUGGCCGUCCUGCUGUACCACGGCCACCUCCCCCGCCUUUUCCAGAGGAACCUGCUGUACAGUCAGAAGAACAAGUAUCGAACCCCCAAAGGGAAGCCGGCCUCAGGGCCUGAAGGCACCCAGACACCCAAAGAGGGGUGCAGAGGCCAGGAGCCUGGGCAGAGGCGGGUGGGGCAGCAGCCGCUGGGCUCCCUGUGAGCCCCAUGUGGAGGCCAGGUCCCUGGCUGAGGGGCACAAAACCCACCCCCACUUCCUCCCCAGACACCAUUCGUCAAUAAACUGUCCCCAGCCCUGCCUGUCUCCCUGGCCUGGCAGAGGCCUCUGAGGAGGCGGAGCUGGCCUGAGUCCCCCCCAUCGUUCCACAAGGUCUGUCCCGCCUCUUCUUGACAGCUUCAGAAUCAAAGGUAAGACCAAGGAGGAAAGGCCACAGUCCAGAUAGGCAACCUGGGCCUGGGGAGACCCAAAGGCAGAGUCUCCCAUAGAGGGCUCCCGGCUGCCCUGGACACGCCCAGCACCCGCAGCCCAGGGGGUUCCGAGUGGCUAGGACACCCUGAAAUCUGCUGGGACGUUAUGGAUGGUGGCUGGAGCCUGAGGCUGCAGGGGAGUGGGCCAGACAAAGGGCCCCCAACCCCUUCACCCACCAGCACCCCGACCCUCCGGCAGCAGGUCCUCAAAGCCAGGUGAACCCUUGCCAAUCACAGGGCCUUCAGGGCAGAUCCCCCACCCCUCAGCCACUUCCUCCCCAGCGUGGAUCUGGAAUCUUUCACCCCAAGAGAACCAAGGCCCCUCAACUGGGGGUCCUGGAGCCCCAUCCAGCCCAAGGCCCCUCCCUAUCGUCCAGCUGAGGACAGGAGGGAGAACCAAGGACAGGUCCUGGUCAGCUUUUCCCUGGGACGCCACCAAGAGAAGGUCCAGGGGAGAACCCCCACCCCACUUCCCGGGGCUCCCCGACCCAGCCUGGCAGUGCGGCUGCUCUGU